AUGGAAGGCUAUAAUAAUGGUGAAACGCCACUUCUACAUGUCGCUGUCGCUAACAAUGACGUGGCAAUGGUUUUGUACUACCUUCUCUCGAAUCAUGACGUAAAUGCCAAGGAAAUGUACUUUGGCAGAACACCGUUGCAUAUAGCUGUACGAAACGACAAUAUAAAAAUGGCUCAAAUAUUGCUGAACUGUGGGGCUGCGAUUAACGAGACGACCAGAGAUAAUUUAAGUGCUCUGCACAUUGCCGUGAGCAAUCGCUCAAAGUCAAUGGUCGCACUUUUAUUAAGGUACAAUGCCAGUAUCAAUCCUGUGAUAAACUUUCUUGACAAAACGCCAUUAUAUAUGGCAGUGGAGUAUGGAUGUCUGGAGAUCGUGAAAAUGCUGCUUGAAGCUGGAGCAUCGAUUCCAAAAGCAACACGAAGAAAUUCAACGCUGUUGCAUGUUGCUGUACGCAUUGGUGAUGUAAAAAUGACACAAUUGAUAUUGGAUAACAUGGAUAUCAAGGCUCUGGGAAUGAGAGACAAUAUCCAAUAUAAGACACCACUUGACGUAGCUGUGGAGCUGAAUUAUGAAAGAAUUGUAAACGUGCUGAAGCAACAAAGUACCGAUGUUCAGCAAAAGAGGCCAACGACUAAAAGAAAAUUCAAGCCAAAUGUUAAAAAUUGGAAGAACGAUAAAGUUGUUGAAUUAUUGUUAAGAAAUGGAAAGAGAAUUCCUGUCCCAGGCUUAAUUUUGAAUGGGCAAAAUAAUUCUCGUACCAGAUUCCAUGGGCAUUAG